GCUUUCAAAACGUAAACAUUGAAUUUAUGAAGAUAUUACAUUCAGAUCAAAAUGAUGCCUGUUAGAUUCAAAGGAAAAUCUGAAUAUGAUACUCAUUAUAAGUGGGUUGAAUCAUAUCGUGGGAAAAACUUUAAACCAUCAUUAGAACAAGCUGCACCUCAAGCUGGAGGAACUUCAGAAUAUAAAGAGCAAUAUAAACCAUUUGACAACAUGCUUGUGGAAAUGAAUGGAAAAACUCACAAUACAGCUCUUGAUAUUCCUCAACAAAAAGGAAUGGAGCCAUCAAUUCAACAGAAGAAGAGAGUAGAAGGACCCACAACUUCAAUGUCGUGUGAUUUUUUCCAACGUCCUCCACCAGAAGAAUACAUUGUUCUUGGUGGUCAAGAUAAAUUCUCAACUAACAAUGUUAAAUAUGUUCCCAAGAAACGACUUGUGAUGGAUAACGUGAAUCGAAGUGAGGCUAAUAGCCAUUUUAUUCAGCCUCAACCUGACGAGCCAAUCAGAUCUAUGGAUUUUCAUUUAAAGAAAGACAAAGAGAUCCAAGUAGAAACAUUGAAACCUGCAAAAUCUCCACCAAAAGUGAAUACCAGACAAUUUACAGACCCCCUUACACCAUUAGCUCCUAGAGAACCAAAAUAUCCUACAGAAACCCACGCUACACAGACGCUGAAUCAAGAACCACAACUCCAGCACAAACAAAAAUCUCAUCUGAAUAAAAAUGGUCUGGAGAAAUCUUCGAGCCAUCAUGACACACAUCAUGCACACCAGCAAAACCAGGAGAGACAAAACAUACCCAAAACACACAAAACCAAGAUGGCCGCCAGAAAAAAUCCAGAAGAAAUUAGGUAUAAAGCUGGAUUAAAGGAUAAGAAUAUUCAAGAUGUUUUAGAAAAUAAGAAAUUUCCCAAUAAAAUGAAUGAAUUUACUCAGGCAAAUAUAAAGAAAGGAAUUCUAGAUUCUGCUCCUGAAGCAACUGCUGACUAUUCAUUACAAUAUAAAGCUGGUGUAGCACCCCUACGUAAAGGCAGGAAAUGGUCUGAAUACCAGAAAGAAUUCGAUUGGAAAAACAGAGUUGAAUCCUCACCACUGAUAGCUGCUGAUCAGGUUGUACAUAAAAGUAAUACAGUUCUAGUGGCACCAAAACAAAUACCUAAACCCAGGGCUAGUGAGUAUAAAUCUCAAUUUAAAGCAUGGAAAGUUAAACCAGUACCUGUAGGAAGAAAAGAUGUUAAUGAAGAACCUGAAAUUAAGAAAGCUAAGAUAAAAAGAAAUAAAAGUAUGGGAGCUAUUGAUAGAAAAGUUCAAGUUGAUAAAGAAAAUAUAGAGGCUGGGGAAGUUAUCAAAUCUACUCAUGGAAAACUCAGAAAACGAGAAUCAGAAUAUGAUGCUAAUUUUAAGGCACCACAAGAGUUCCAGUAUAUGAAUGGAGCCUGGCAUGGUGCCAACCCUCCACAACUUUAUACUUCUAUCAAGCCUGUCAGACAAGUUUGUUGCUCAGUAAAAUUGUGGAGUAAAUUUGCUGUAAGACCAAAGCCUGUAAAGAAGAGCAAAGAAAAGAAAGCACUGGUGGAGGCUGAAGAUAUUCAACCAGAGCAGACUAAUUGGUACACAGAAGUCUUAGAACUGAGGCAGAAAGCUGAUGAAUACAGAAAACGUGGACAAGGCUCCCAUUUCUCACGAGCUCAUUUAGCUCAAUUACUGGCCAGACAGACUGAAUUGUGGGAUUGUGAAACAUGUAGUACAACUGAAGCCAGUACCAUCUCAGCAUUGUCAUUGGAAACAGGGUCAUCACCUGCUGGUCUGGCUGAAAGACCACCUCAAAGACCACCACGGCUAGAGUUGAAUGAAAAGAAUUUAGAAAGAAAGAGUAGAAUUCAGGACAGAAAAUUGAAGAAAUUUAGUGAUCUUGAUUCUACUAAAGCCACAAUAGCUGAAACUCCAGCCCCUUCUGUAAAUGGUGGAAAUGAGCGCCGUACAUAUAAACCUAGAUAUACUCAGGAUUCUAGAGGUCGAACACGUCAAGUUAAAACAGCAUGGCAGUAUGAUGAACCUGAAGAAAUUUAUAAUGGAGAUAGUGCUGAAGUCGAUGAAGAAGUUGAAACACCUGUUGAUGAAGACUACAGUAAUAAUAACUAUCGUAGAGGGGGGAGACUACCAACUCCACACUUACAGAAACAAGAUCGUCCAGUCUCUCGCCAUCAUUUUGAUUUAACAACACCAUCAGUAGGGGGCGCUCUAUUAUCUUCGCCACCUAGUGUCAGAAGUCUACCUGCUAAAACUAGGCUAUCUCGAACCCAACCAAUUCCUCCUUAUGAUCAAGAUUUAAAUGAAGAUGACGAAGAAGAAGCAAGAAUGAUUGGAAAGACGUACAAUUUGAUUAAAAAUACACCAAAACCAACGUAUGGCCUUCCUUCGAGAGAUACUCAUUAUUUAUUGGACGAGGAGGCAUCAACUGAUAGACCAAUGAGAACACAGUUUUUACAAACUGAAGUCUUUGAUGAUGGCGAUACAGAAAGUACAGUCACAGAAGGUGAGAUCCAGACCACACAACCUAAAAUUGUUGAUGAACCUAGGUAUAAAAGACAAAGCCCGUCAGCACCGGCCAUGGAUCCUAUAUAUGAAAAUUUUGGUCAGACCUACAAUAAGGCUUAUGUUCCUCCAAUCUACUCAUAUAAUGAUGUAGAGAAUUACUAUCGAGAUGAUGAUGACAAUGAAAGUGUUCUAUCGUUAUCAGUCAGGUCUAUAGCCUCGAGCUGUUCUUACGCCUCGGAAAUACUGGAACGUUCCAAAGAUAGGCGUGAUAACUUCUGGAAUAACAACACACGGGUACCAACUAAAUAGAUCUCUAAUCAUCUUCCACCAAAAUCAGGUCCAGAUCCCUCAACCAAAUAGAUGUGGGGUUUCAAGCUCAAAUCUAAAUCUGUAAUUUAUUUAUAUCCCCAAAUUGUAAUUUCUGUUGGGGAUGUUGUUAAUGAAUCACAUGUGUGUUUAACCUUCUUGAACACCUUCUGUCACUCUGCAACUUGGUUUCUC